AUGGCUCCCGCUUUAACAGAGUCGCUCCCCGCGGCGCCGCACCAGCUGAACAGCAAUGCGUCGCGGGAUAUCUUCCCCGAUGGGUUGAAGACUACUGGCCAGCAUGCCCCGCUGUAUGAUCAUAUUCGGGAAUUCGAGCAAUUCCCUAAGGAGAUUACGGGACGGACUGCGUGGAAACCUGAGGAGUACCGUGGACAGCCCGAGAAGUGGACGCAUGCCUUUAAUGCAGAGGAGAUCGAGGAGCUCAGCACAGCGGCGGAUAACUUCCUCAACGCUAAGAUUCCUUUGACUGGUAUUUCCAAGAAAAACUUUCCCCUCCCCAACCUCUCCAAAGACCUCGAAACCCUCCGCGAGGACCUCCUCAACGGCAAAGGCUUCAUCCUCUUCAAAGGCUUCCCCGUCGAGAAAUGGGGCAACCACAAGUCCGCCGUCGCCUACAUGGGUCUCGGCACCUACCUGGGCUACUUCGUCUCUCAGAACAGCCGUGGCCACGUGCUUGGCCACGUGAAGGACCUGGGCGAGGACUCGACGCAGAUUGACAAGGUUCGGAUCUACCGUACCAAUGCGCGUCAGUACUUCCAUGCCGAUGACUCGGAUAUCGUGGGCCUGCUGUGCAUUGCCAAGGCACUUGAGGGUGGCGAGUCGGAUAUUGCGUCUUCGCAUACUGUGUACAAUGCGCUUGCAAAGGAGAGGCCGGAUGUGUUGCAGACGCUGACGGCGCCGAUUUGGUAUUUUGAUCGGAAGGGAGAGACGAGUGCGGGUCAGGAGGAGUAUAUUCGGACUUCGGUUAUUUACCUCGAGCGCGGGGAGAAUGCCCGUGUUUACACCAAAUGGGACCCCUACUACGUCCGGUCUCUCUCCCGCUUCUCCGACGCAGGAAUCAUCCCCCCUCUCUCCCCCGAGCAACUCGAAGCCAUCGAAGUCCUCGAAAAGACUUGCCAACGCUUCGCCCUCCACAUGGUCCUCGACGUCGGCGACAUCCAGUUCGUCACCAACUCGCACGUCCUGCACUCGCGUACAGAAUACAAGGACUACCCCCCACCGGCCCCCAGACGCCACCUUAUGCGUCUGUGGCUCGCGACGCCCGAGGAAGAAGGCGGCUGGAAGUUGCCGUUCUGGGAUAGUAAUGAGAAGAAGAGAGGUGGGAUUCAGGUGGAUGAUCAGGCGCCUGUUGCGCCGUUGGAUGCGGAGUGA